GCAAAGUGCCUCACUGAAAACCAGUGAGCUGACACUUACCAAGUGGCCUCUGAUCUUUCUCACUCUUUUUCCCCACACUUCCUCUUUUUUUUGUGUUCGCAUUUUCCAAGGAAGAGGCAUUUUCACGGACAGCUCUGGGACUGUAUCUUUCUGAGGAGGCAAGUGCUUGGCUGUAAUAUUUCAUUGCAGUCAUGGCCCCUAAGAAGAAGAAUGUGAAAAAGAACAAAGCAGAUAUCAAUGAAACAACUAUCAUUGUGGAAGAUGGCCCCCUCAGUAAACUAAAUGGCUUGAAUGGACUCUUGGAAGGAGGAAAUGGUUUCAGCUGCAUCUCAUCUGAGGUUUCUGACCCAUCAUACUGCCCAAACCUCUUGGAAGGUCUAAGCAAAAUGAGACAAGAAAAUUUCCUUUGUGACUUGACUAUCAGUACCAAAACCAAAUCCUUCAGUGUUCAUAAGGUAGUGAUGGCUUCAAGCAGUGAAUACUUUCACAACAUCUUAAAGAAAGAUCCAUCUACUCAAAGGGUGGACCUCAAUGAUGUGUCCCCAUUGGGUCUAGCUACUGUUAUCACCUAUGCUUACACUGGAAAACUUACUCUCUCACUUUAUACAAUAGGUAGUAUCAUUUCCACAGCAAUUUAUCUACAGAUUCACACCCUUACAAAGAUGUGCUGUGAUUUUCUAGUCCAAGAAAUCAGUGUUGAGAACUGUAUGUACAUUGCCAAUAUUGCAGAAACAUAUGGACUAAAAACAACCAAGGAAGCAGCACACAAAUUUAUUAAAGACAACUUCAUUGAAUUUUCAGAAACUGAUCAGUUCCUAAAACUUACUUUUGAUCAGAUUAAUGAACUUCUUGCAGAUGAUGACUUGCAGUUGCCUUCUGAAAUUGUUGCAUUCCAGAUUGCAAUAAAAUGGCUGGAAUUUGACCAAAAAAGAGUAAAGUUUGCUGCCAAUCUCUUAAGUAACAUCCGUUUUGGUACCAUCUCAGCUCAAGACCUCGUCAAUUACGUUCAGACUGUGCCAAGAAUGAUGCAAGAUGCAGACUGCCAUAAGCUCCUAGUGGAUGCCAUGAACUAUCAUUUGCUUCCCUAUCACCAGAAUACACUUCAGUCCAGAAGAACAAGGAUCCGUGGAGGUUUCAGAGUCUUAGUUACUGUUGGGGGACGCCCUGCUUUAACAGAAAAGUCUCUUAGCAGAGACAUCUUAUACAGAGAUCCUGAAAACGGAUGGAAGAAGCUAAGUGAAAUGCCUGCUAAAAGUUUUAAUCAGUGUGUCACAGUGAUGGAUGGAUUUCUCUAUGUGGCUGGUGGGGAAGACCAGAAUGAUGCCAGGAACCAAGCCAAGCAUGCAGUCAGCAAUUUCUGCAGAUAUGACCCUCGUUUCAACAGCUGGAUUCACUUGGCAAACAUGAAUCAGCGACGCACCCACUUCAGCCUGAAUGUGUUCAAUGGCCUCCUCUUCGCAGUGGGUGGCCGCAACUCCGAGGGCUGCCUCUCCUCUGUCGAGUGCUACGUGCCUGCAACUAACCAGUGGCAGAUGAAGGCCCCGCUGGAGGUGCCCCGGUGCUGCCACGCCAGCGCAGUGGUGGAUGGCCAGAUCCUGGUCACAGGCGGUUACAUCAAUAACGCUUACUCUCGCUCGGUGUGCAUGUAUGACCCCAGCAAAGAUAGCUGGCAGGAUAAGGCCAGCCUCAGCACCCCAAGGGGCUGGCACUGCGCAGUGUCCCUCCUGGAGAGGGUCUACGUCAUGGGUGGGUCUCAGCUGGGGGGACGAGCUGAAAGGGUCGAUGUUCUCCCUGUGGAGUGUUACAGCCCAUACAUGGGGCAAUGGAAUUACGUGGCGCCACUUCAAACCGGAGUUAGCACGGCUGGCGCCUCCACCCUUAAUGGGAAAAUUUACUUAGUGGGUGGCUGGAAUGAAAUAGAGAAAAAGUACAAGAAAUGCAUUCAGUGCUAUAACCCAGAUCUCAAUGAAUGGACAGAGGAAGAUGAGCUGCCUGAGGCCACUGUGGGCGUAUCCUGCUGUACUAUAUCUAUGCCCAACACUAAGACAAGGGAGUCCAGGGCCAGCUCAGUCUCUUCUGUCCCAGUCAGUAUCUAGACAGGUCAAACCAGCAAUAAGUAAAACUGUUUACCAGCACAGCAGUAUAAUUAACCCUUUAAGUAGAAUUUUUGUGCUUAUGUGGAAAAAAAAAAUCAUUGGCUUUGCAAAUGUUUUAACAGUGCAAACUGGCCAGUUUUCAUGAACUUUAGUACAGGUGGCAUGAAAGAGCACAUUAGGGAUAAGAUCAGUUUUCUUAGCAGGAACAGAGAGUUAACCCAUAAUUACAGCAUUUCAUUCUCUUCCUGACUUUGCCGCUUUUUCCUGACCAUCUGUGGCAAAUCAUUUCAUUUCUUUAUGCCUUGGUUUCCUUACCUGUAAAAUUGAGAUAAACUUGCUUCAGAAGAUUGUUAUGAGGCUUUUUAAUACUAAGUUUUAAACACUUUCAGAACCCCAUAUGAAAGUCAAAUAUGACUAGUAAUAAAUCUCAAUAUAGAUCAGAAAUGUUCCAUGUCAUCAUAAAAUUGAUCAGUUUUGUUCUUUUCUAAGCAUUUUCUAUUUUCACAAACAGAAGGGGGAAAAAAAAAGGCAGACCAAAAAUAUUGCAUAUAGCAUGUGCAUACUUUCCUUUUGGGGCAGGGGUAUUCACAAAAAAUCUCAAAGCAUUUUCUCCUUCAGAAGGUAGAAAAAGAUCUUCAUCUUCUGCCUGAAAUAUCACAGGGGGUCCGAUGCUGGUCAGCACCAGUAUGCCACGACCUUCCUAGAGAGAGAAUCCUGCAAGGAACAACUCUUCCAGGGGCGGUGGCAGGCCUCCCUGGGCAGCAGGGGAUUUCAGCAAGUGUAGCAACUUCUCUGCUGCAAGUGAUUCCAGCUCUUGGGAAAAUCACCCAAGACAAACUCGGGGACAGAGAGACAGGAGCCCUGUUUGGGAGUUCCACAGAGGAAGCCUUUAUUGUCCAGCAGCCCCUGUACAAGGAAGGCCAGCAACACCCUGCUCAGGGCAGAAACAGGGGUCUUUUUAUGGAAAAGGCAGGGGGUGGGGUAGAAACCAAUUAGCCAACUGGGUACAGGCUAUUACCGUACAGAAACAAGGCAUGCUAGGGGUGGUUCACUUUGUCACCAUGACCCAGAGGAAGGUUGCUUAUCUCUGGGGACAGUCUUUUUGGGCUCUGGCCUCUCUCCUCCAAGGGAAUGAGUGCCGAGGGCUCACAGCCCUCCACAAUGAAACCUGUUAAUUCCUAUGUCAAAUGCUGCGACAUGGCUUUCAAGAUCUGAAUCCACAAAAUACUUUAGCUCCUGUAAGCACUAUGGGCCAGCCCCAAGGGCUACCUUGGGUGCUGGAUGGCUCUCCUGACCUCCAUGUACACCAAGGAGCAUCACCUCAUCCUCUUCCUCAUGCCAGGGAGACACCCCUCUCACGCCAGGUGGAAAAUCCUGGAAGCUGAGUUCAUGCCAGGAGACACCAAGGACUAAUGGCAUCUGAACCUGGGGAAGAUGCACAGAGCAAACUCCCUUGCCUUACUCCAGCAAGUAACCAGUGGAGUGAGGAACACAGAUGGAAUAAAGACUUCAGGACCUGCCCUUUAGAAUUUGUGUGGAAAACAAGGAAUCAUGGGAAAACUCCCUUAGUAGAAACAAAGAGAUAACACCUUUCUUCCCAGGUGUAGGCACAACACCACCCAAAGUAACCUUCUCCUGGGCAUACCAUUAUGCAUCUUCUGAAGCCUUCAUUACAGCCCUUUUUAUGGAGAUUUCAUUCACAUUAUUCCAAAGGCUAGACUAAUGCUCUUUUUGUCGAAGUUUUCCCAGUGAAUAGAGUGGAGUCUUCACCCAACUUAGUUUACCUUCCAAGAACUUUUCUUCCUGAUUUCAGCAUGAAGUGGGGGAAUUAAGCAUGAAACCUAAUCCUAUUCCCAUAGCCAAAGGGAUAUGCAGCCCAUCAUGUCCCCUGAGGAUUUGAUACCAAAGGACUGCUUUCAGCACAAAAUGUCUACAUCCUUCUUUUGGGAAGAAAGGAGGGAAUACAAGGAAUUUAAAUGAUUUAAUAUAACCAAAAGGGCAGAAGCUCACUCAACCAAUUCAUAGAGGCUUCACAUUCAAUUUCCUCAGACUAUCAUUGACUAUCAGUGACACCUCCAGGCUUCAGUGCCAAUGAGAAGCCAUGCUCUUAGCAAUGUUUAUGAGGCAGACAAAUUUUUAUCUCAUUUGCAGAAAGGGAACACUAUAAAAUUGUCUGUCAGUGCAGAUGUUGUUGAGGCAAGCAUUUUCAAGACCCAAGCUGUCUGUAGCUUUGUUAAAGCUGUAUAUUGAGGAUCAGGAUGAGCGUGACAUGGUAUUAGAGAUGAAGUAAUUCAUUCUGUUGGUUGGGAUUAAACUCCAUGGUACUCAGUCCUGUUUUCCAGUUCUAACUUAGGGCUCAUGUUUGUAUCCUGACUGCACAAUUUUAAAUUUCAAAUUGUGUUUUUGAGUGCUGCGUGUUAUUAGAAUAUACUGUCUUGCAAUGACUUGUGGUCAGAGUAGCACUGUCAUAUAUAUUUUGAUUCAUUUAAUUGGCAUAUAUUUGUCCUCUACCCCAUAUAAUUCAAAUUAAUAACAAAUGUGGAACAGAGUAACAGAGUAAGAUUACUUUAAGUAUGAAAAUUCUGUUCUUGCCCAUUCCAGUCACCAAAAGCUUUUCCUGAAGGAGAGAAAAAUUUCUCUUUCCCCGAGUCAUGACCAUGUGUUCCACAUGAAUGCAUUUUGGAAGCUCUUUAGAAAUAACCAUCUGUUCCAAUAUUUUUUUGUAAAUUUUUUUUAAUCCAUCCAGUCCAAUUAAGACACCUGUACACAUGCAAUUACAACUGUAUACAUGGUGUAGUUAUUUAGUUUUUAUAAGGUAUCCAUAAUGUUGUAUUUACGAAUUGAAAAAACAACUAUUAUGGCCUCAAACAGACACUGGAUGGAAUCGUCAUAUGCAAGUGUCUCUUUUUCCCUUUAGGAAUUCAGUUCCAAAAUGCUAUGAAUACUCAGACAUUGCUGCAUGCUUUCCUGGUUUUGAGCCAGCACUUCAUAUACAUCAACAACUAUCUUGGUUUUGGGUAGUAAAUUAUUUAUGAAUGAUGGGCUAAGUGCAAUGAAACUUCUUACUACUUAAAGGGUUAAAAACUUUGGGGGCCAAAUCCUUUUCAUCUUACUCACAAAAAAAAAGGUUCCAUUGACUUCAGUGGGACUACUGAAUAAGAUGUACAGGAUUUUGAACUCUUGGCCAAAUUCUGGCAGAACAGUAGAUAAAACUGUCGUACUCAGAAGGAAGACUGCUCCUCUGCCUCCAGUGCCCUUGGCCACGACAAAUCCAUGAGGACAUGUCCUAGGACAGGAGCCAAAUACCGCUGGCCAUGCGUUCCUUCUGUAGCACAAGUUAGGUACAUACUUCAGGCCAAAAAUUUUAGGUAGAUUAACAAAUGGUAUUGUUAACAAUGUAACAUUUCAGGCUGGCUUUACAUUUUUUUCUCUAAACAUCUGUUUAGGCUUCAACUGCACAUUGAGCCAGGAUUUGGCCCUUAAUAUGUGACACUAUUAGCUGGACUUAAUAUUAUGUUGAAUCAUACUAUGUACUGACCUAUUUGUGACAUUUUUCUGUAUGACCUUCUUUUGUUAGAACUGUGAAAAUUAUUUGUAUGUUCUGUUUUAUGGGAUGGUGUCCUUUCAUUGUCUGGUACCGUAUUAUCAAUCUCUAGAUGUUUAAUAACGACAUCUCAGUUGAACUUGAACUAUUGUAUAUACCAAAAAGAAGUUUUAAAGUACAAGGAAGUACUGUAUACAGUAAUAUUAAGUAGAGCAGAGGGCUUCCAACUGUAUGAGAUGAAGAUUGUUAAAGCACUACAGGGAUCUUCUUUAAUGCUAUACUAGUAGUAGGGAAAAAAACCAACCAAACAAAACAAAUUAAUAUUAGCUGUUACUCUCAAAGUUUUGUAUAAAAUGCCUAUGCAUUUAUAGUCAAUACCUGUGCUUCAAAUUCAGAUCUGAAAAAUAAGCUUUCUUCAGUCUGUGAGUGAAGCAAUUUGCUAGGGUUUGUUUUCUUGUUUAUUCCUGACUGUUUAGGCGCAUGGAAGAGUGUGUUAGAGAUUGUGAGGCAGGAACUUACUCUUGGAAAGUUGUGCUGAAAGGAAGAUGUGGUGUUUAGUCCUUAAUCAAAAUGAGAUCAUGAUCAUUUAAUCUCUUCUUGAAGUUAACCUGCAAGAUCAUCUGUGGAUCAGUCAAGACUUCAGUAAACUUGAAUCCCUCAAAGAGGGAAGCAAGCAAAAUUAGCACCAACCAAGCCCAAUGAGGUGUUGAAAAGUGCUUUGUGUUGAGAUUUUUAAAUGGCAGUUCUUGCAGGAAAAAGGAUGCAAUGAAUGAAAUGACUGAGUAAGAACAUUUGUAUUAUCCUGAAACCUAGAUUAAUUUAUCUUACAGUUUUAGCUCUUACCAAACCAUACUGGGUUUAGGAGCAGUUUUUCCUUAGUAGCAGCUGGGCUUGGUAAUUCUAGUUGCAAACCCAGCAGUCACAUGCAUGCUUGUACAAGCUUGCAUACCUUCUUGAACUCAGUGGGACUUCUGCUACAGAAGUUAUUCACAAGGAGUUAUGUUUGGAAAAAUAAAAUAUAAGAACGAAAUCCAUGAGUAGAAAACAUCAAUGUCUAAUUAUAGCCAACAUGAAGGUAUUAGACUGAUCCUCAGCAUCAUCAUUCGCUUACCAUACCAGCACAGGGCAAUUUUUUGAGACUCAAUUACUCCGUAAGGACAGUAUUUCCUUGGAAUGGCUGCUCAAUGAAAUCCUAUAUAUACUCCAAAGGAUGGGAGGUGCUCCAGGCUAUGGAAAGGCCAAAAUGGAGACACUUAGAACCAUCAGCAAACUUAAGAUUUUGUUCCCAGUCUUCAAGAGUGUUUGAGAAAAAUGUCCUGGAAAGAAGCACCUACUUCAACACAUACCUUUCCAUAAGAAGCUUUCCUUAUGUUCCAUAACUGAGAUUUUCAUCACCUUUCUGAUGAAAAGCAAAACUCAAUUUUCAACUGUCUGUAACUUCAAUUCUCAGUUGAACUGAAUUUUCAGUCCACUUUAACCUGUUCACCCAAGCUGGGUAAACAAAGUCCAAAUUCAGCUGCUCAGAGAAUGCAAUUGAAGCAAAUAGUCCUACUAUAGGUUCUUGACCUUUUUACAGUGAAUCUUCUCAUCUUUUUUGUCAAAGAUCUGCUUUGUAUAAUUAAUCAAAAACAUUGUAAUGCACAGAUUUAUACUUUGACUUCUCCUUGAGAGGAAGGUCUCUUGUCUCUUUUAGUUUCUCUUUUCUUAUCCAUAACUAAGUGACUAUCAGAGCACCAAAGAAGGUGCACAGAUGUGAACAGUACAUAAAAGCUCAACUGUGAAUCUGUAAAAAUCUCAUUGCUGGUGGCCACAAUAAAGAAAAGGACACAUUCUGAAAUGCCUGCUGGAUAAAAAAGAGUGAAACAUCACAGAAUUACAGAAUAUUCUGAAUUGGAAGGGAUCCUCAAGGAUCACAGAGUCCAGCUUUUAAGUGAAUGGCCUGUAUGGGGAUCAAACCCACAACCUUGUUAAUAAAUGAGUUGCUGGUGCUCAUUUGCAAGUGUGACCCUGCUCAGAGCUCUCUUCCCAGAAGUUCCCUAAAGAAUAAAGGAAAACACAUGCAAUUCUAUACAGCUCGUGUGAGAUUUGGUUAAUAUCAGAUAAGUUUUGCCAUGCAAAAGACAUACUUGUCUUAAUGAAAAUUUUCAAUAACAAUAUAAGCAAUUAACAAACUUAUGAGGAAUAGGCAAUUUCUGUUAGUAAGAAUGGGAACACACACAUUUAGAUGAACUGUGAAAGGAAGAUGAUGUUACUCUAGUUGCAGUCUUAGCAGUUUCUUUAUUGACAAGAAAAGUUAAAAAUCUAACUUAUUUGUAUGAAGCAUUUUCCUGGCUUAUAGGUGUUAGAUUGGUCAUACAGAAGGGUUUUCUAAGUGUACACUUUAAAGAUGGACUGUGAUAACACAAGGGAACAUAUUACAACAGAAAAAAAUCUGUAAGUGUAAUGUGAGAAUGUUACUACUUAAAAAUUGAAAUUUGUAGUGCAGCAAGUUGUCAUUAAGAGGAAAACAGCAUGUUGGUAUUUUUCAUUGUGUGCUUUAAAUAAAACUGUUGACACAUGGCACAGACAAA